UUCAGACCUCCUGUGUGUCCAGUAAUUGUUGACACCAGGCAGCUCGCACAACUCUGAACCAUGGAGAACUCAGGAAUACUGAUAGGACUGAUGAUAGUUGGGCUCUUUGCGGUCAUAUCGAGUGGAGAAGUUUCCCAGGAACUAUCCUCAGAUAACACACAACUGUCCCAACAGGAUGUUCAGACAGAUUUUUUUGAUGCUAUGGGAGCACUUUUGGGAAGAUACGCACCAUCAACAGAAAAACGUGGCAUUCCACAGUGUGCUGUGGGGUCUCGCUGUGCAAUGAGAAUGGGUGCACGCUUUGGGAAACUUUGGGAAUGUGGCGGAGGAUCUAACUGUAACUCAUUCCUCCUGAAAUGCAUCUGAAUCACUAUAUAUAAGUAGCAGUCUUUGCACUCCCUGAAGAUUUUGUACUUUUUUUAAGCUGUACAUCCAUGCCAUUGGUGAGCUACAGCAGGUAGAGUGGAAAUGCAUUUGCAAAUUCCUCUACAAAAUUUAUGAGCAUUCUUUGAAACUCUAUUUACAUGAGCAUGUAACAAAGCAUGAUUUUUAUCUGUGU